AUGCUGCCCCUCGUCGUCGUCGCGGUACUGGCAGUCAGCGCGUCGGCACAGGGUUUCACGCCCAACUGCUUCUUCAACGUCUCGAUGACCGACAACUCACCCCUCGUCCUAUACAAGCCACCCAGUGCCUGGAAGUCCCUCUUUAUCAACUCGCCCUUGGCAGCCUGGCAGCCUGGCAUGAUGGGUCAAGGAGUCUCUGCGCACGGUACGUUUGGCACCGGCCCUGUCAUCAACAUCGAGUACCCGGGCACUAUGGCCUGGGCCAAGGGCCUCGUCGGCAACGCCUCGACAACUCCCGUCCGCAUGGACAUUGACAACAUUCAACAGCCCUACCCAGAACUCACUGGCCCGGGUUUCCUGUUGACUAGCAACGACAACCUUGCCAUUGGGGCGCACACGGUCAAGAUUGCUCUGGACCAGUCCUCGACAGAUCCUCAAGCUCAGAUCCUCUUCCAGCUCUUCCAGAGCAUGUGCGGUGUUGUUGCCGAGACGACUGACCCAGACAAGGUCAUUUGCCACACGGUAGAGUUCGCCAAGGACAUUCGAAACACCCAAGUCAUCCUGACUGGGAACUGGCAGCUUUACCAGCAAUUCGGCGGCGUUGGCGGACAGCCGAUAAUAGACUACACCUCCGUGGUCGCGAACAACACACCCUCCGUGAAGCUCCUUCCCCCGAAGGGCUCCAACUAUUUCUAUCUCAACGGCACGGUCGGCAACGUGUACGGACAGUACUCUGUCGACAUUGAACCAACCCCGCCUUACCCUCGCCAAGAGAACACUUUCAACGCGUCCAAUUCGUGGGAUGUGCCAGGCGAGCUGUUCUACUACACCCCGCUCGACCCCAAUGUGGACUACAUUGUCACGGUCACUGGCGACCAAGACAUUACAAAGUACCUCGGGCUCAACAGCUUCAUGUACUGCGAUUACGCGCUCAGUAAUGGCGGUAGUACUGGUUCCAAUGUCAAUGGCAGCACCGCUGGCUCGAACUCCACCCCAUCGCCAACCCCGGGGAAGAAGACGAACGUUGGGGCCAUUGCGGGCGGUGUUGUUGGCGGUGUUGUCGCUGCUGCAGCCAUUGCAGCUCUCCUCUUCUUCCUCUGCCGGCGUAACCGCAAGAAGGACGCACUCGACGUUGACCAGGGCGUAUUUAACGUGGAUGACACGGUCGAUGCGACGACCCCUUACCAGCCACCGGCGGUUGGUGGCGCCAAACUUGCUCCAGGCGAAGAGUCGUACAGCGGCCACCCGCAGUACGGCCAGACGAUGUACCGGGAGCCGAACAUGGCUGAAGUAGGCUACGGGGCUGGCGCCGGCGCAACACCCCUCCUGUCGCCGUUCGGCAGUGACGGUCGGGACAGCCGUCACAACUCGAUGCAGUCGGGUGGGCCGUUCGGCGACAGCCGGCAGGGCUCGGGCCCCUGGCCCGGCAGCGACGGGCGGCAGUCGUUCAACGGUGGGUCCAGCACGGCUGGCAUGGGAAUGGCUGGAUACGCCUCUGGCCAAGGCUCCGCAUAUGAUGCAUCUUCGCAUAGCGGAUACGCAUCGGGCCACCAGGUCAGCGAGAAGAGCGUGCCAGCCCACCAGCGCACCUUCCGCGUCGAGCACGAGGAGGAUGCCGGAGGCCUCCCUAUGGCUACCGAGGACGUUGAGCGCCUCCCCCCGACUUACAACCCCCACUGGCUGGAGACGCGGACGCCGCAGCCGGGAUCGUUGUCCUCCACUCCUGCCGGAGCUGCGCCCGCCCACAAGCCCGAUGUGGUGCCGGACGAGAGCCAAAUUCCUCCCGCCGCCGCCGCCGGCGGCUCGUCCCAGCAGGACGUGGUCUACCCUGUUGAGAAGUCUUAG